AUGCCCCAAUUAGACUUGAAUAAGAUGCAGGAAGACCUGGCUGGGACUGAGCAACAGAUAGGUUCGGUUAUUGAAUCGUUUAUUGAACUCGGGGUCUCGAUUUAUGAUUUCCCAGGAACUUCGGAAGCAACUCAGGGUAUGAUGACCAAUUUGAAGCGGAAUGUAGAUCGUCUACGAAACUUGAAUCGUCAAGGCAAUGACCCUAAUUCUCAGCUGAACAACUUUCAUGUUCCGCUAGAAGUGGUUCAGUAUAUCGAAGAUGGUCGAAAUCCGGACGUUUACACUCGUGAUUUCGUGGAGGCUAUUCGGAGAUCAAAUCAGUACCAGAGAGCGAAGAUGAAUGGUAUAAAGCAGCUGAGAGACAAGCUCGCUGGGAAAAUUGCUGAGGAAUUUCCUGAUCUGCAAGCAAGUGUCGCGGAUAUCCUGAAAAGAACUGACAGGUAA